AUGAAACACGCGUUUUUUAAGGCGGGAUUUCACCCCGCCUAUUGGAUCCCAAAAAUCAAACCCCCUCGUCUCUUCCGAUUAGCAAGAAAAAGCCCUAGGGCCUUCAUCUUCAUAGCAGCAUCGCACCACCACCAAACCUCCAAUCUCGCACCGCCAAGUCGAGAGCAACAAUUCCGUCAAGAAUGUCAAAUACAUGAUACAGGGUUUCAAUUGGGAUUUCCUCCUCCAUACUCGAUCCCUACUUCUACUCUCUACGCAUAUCAGAUAGGAUCCGUUCUUUCUCCCCUUUUCUCCUUCUUUUUCUUUGUUUUCUCAGCAUCUAUCGUAUUCGGAUGUAGCACAUCCCAAACUCGGGUUUUAACCAAAGCCGAUAGAGCCAUUGACGAAAUCUUUGGAUUCGGUCAACAAGGACAAUCUGUAAUCGCGCAGCUUUCUUCACAAGGGAUCGCUCCAGAUGCUUUCCCUUAUUGUCUCGUCGGAAACGGUGGUGGUGGUGGGAUUUUGGUUCUGGGUCAGAUAAUCGAGCCAACCAUGGUGUAUACUCCAUUAAUCCAGUCACAGCUAUGA